AUGAAACAACGUUUUAAUGCUUUGGAUGUACGCGCCACUGUCAUCAACUUGAGAGAAAGGCUGAUUGGUAUUCGGUUGCAAAAUAUUUACGAUGUAAACGCAAAGACUUUUCUGUUCAAAUUUGCCAAGCCCGAUGAUAAAGAGCUUGUGUUGGUAGAAUCAGGUAUCCGUAUUCAUACAACCCAGUUUAGCAGAGAAAAAUCAAUUACACCUACACCUUUUUGUGCCAAGCUUCGUAAACACCUUCGUACACGUCGUGUGACUAAUGUUCGUCAAUUGGGUGUGGAUCGUAUUGUUGAUUUCGAAUUUGCAGGUGGAGAAAAUAGCAUCGGAUACCAUAUUAUUUGUGAAUUCUAUGCUUCUGGUAAUAUCAUUUUGACAGAUCAAGAUUAUCGUAUUUUGGCCUUAUUGCGUGCAGUUCAACCCUCAGAAACGUUGAAAAUGGCAGUAGGCGAAAUUUACAAUAUUAAGUCAAUCUUGAAUGACUAUGAAAAAGUACAAGUGGAUCAAUUAAGAGCUGCUUUACGGUCUGCUGGUCCUAAAGACAACUUGAAGAAGAUUCUUAAUAUCAAGUUUGAGUAUGGACCUGCUAUGAUUGAGCAUAUCAUUUUAGAAGCUAAUUUAGACCCCAACAUGAAAGUAGCUACUGAUUUCGAUUCUUCAGAAGGUAAAGGAAGCAAUGUACUUGUCUUUGUUGAUCAGCGAUUAGGUUCACCCAUGUUGCAAGCAUUGCUAGAAGGCUUUAGUAAAGGCGAUGAAAUGAUUGAAUCUACAAGAAAUGUUGUUCCUAAUGGCUACAUUAUUUUGUUGCAAGACUCACCCAAGUCUGAAAAUGAGGAACAGGUUGAAAUCUAUGAUGAGUUCCAUCCCUUCUUGUAUAAGCAAUUCGCUCAUCGUCAAUCUAAAGAGUUCUCUACCUUUGACAAGGCUGUGGACGAAUUCUUUUCUGCCAUUGAGUCCCAAAAGCUUGAACUUAAAUCAAGACGUCAAGAAGAAGCUGCACUUAAGAAAUUAGACGCUGUUCGUAAAGAACAGGAAAGCAGAGUACAAGCACUUUUAAACCAGCAAAUUACAAAUGUACGCAAGGCUGAAUUGAUUGAAUUGAAUUUGCAAAUGGUAGAUGCUGCUAUUACUAUCAUUAGAAAUGCUGUUGCAAGCCAAAUGGAUUGGCAGGAUUUAGAUGAUUUGGUCAAAGAAGAAAAGCGUCGAGAAAACCCUAUUGCUAUGAUCAUUGAUAGUCUCAAGUUAGAAACUAGUCAAAUCACGCUCGUCUUAAAGCAAGUAUUGCACAAGAGUAUAUUUAUGCAUAAAAUUAACUUGAUAAUUUAUCAUAGUGAUCCUGUUGAUGAUGAUGAUGAUGAUGAUGAUGAUAAAGAGACGAAACAACCACAAAAUGUUAAAAUUGAUGUGGAUAUCAACUUGACUGCAUUUGCUAAUGCUCGAAAAUAUUAUGAACAAAAGAAAACAACUGCUACUAAGCACGAAAAAACCAUUGAAGCUUCUUCCAAAGCUUUGAAAUCAGCAGAGAGAAAGAUCAGACAGGACUUGAAGGAAACCAAGAUUACUGCCACUAUCAACAAGAUCAGAAAGCCAUUCUGGUUUGAGAAAUUCCUAUGGUUUAUUUCAACAGACGGUCAUUUGGUAAUUGCAGGUCGUGAUAUGCAGCAAAAUGAAAUGCUUGUCAAGCGUUACCUUUCAAAAGAUGAUGUCUAUAUUCAUGCUGAUCUGAAUGGUGCUGCUUCUGUCAUUGUAAAGAACAAGCCCAAUGCCAAUGGCCAACCUAUUCCCCCUAGCACACUUUACCAAGCAGGUAUUAUGUCUGUUUGUCAAAGUAGAGCUUGGGAUGCCAAAAUGGUGACAAGUGCUUAUUGGGUCUAUCCUGAUCAAGUCAGUAAAUCAGCUCCUUCUGGUGAAUACUUAACUACAGGUAGUUUUAUGAUCCGUGGUAAAAAGAACUAUUUACCUCCCGUGCAACUUGUUUAUGGCUUUGGUUAUCUCUUCAAAUUGGAUGAAUCUUCUAUUGGUAAUCACGUCAAGGGCAAAUUGGAAUCAAGCAACGUGUUGGACACCUCAGCUAAAUCAGAAAGCGACUCUUCUUCCUCUUCUUCAGAGGAUGAUGAUGAUAGUAGCGAUGAUGAGAAUGCUUUUCCUGAUACCCAACUUCAAUCCAUUCCAGUGGCUGAAGAUACCAAGGCUGAUAAAUACAAUUUAGAGGAUUAUGGCCAUGAUUCUGACGAACAAGCAAAUGUAUCGAGUGGAAACAAUACACCUACAAAGAAAUUUAUCACAGCUAAAGAACGUCGUUUGAUGAAAAAGAACAAUUUGACUGAAAUUACUGAUGAAAUCAAAGAAGCUCAACAAAAGCAAAAGCAAAAGCAAAACAAUAAACCCAAACAACAAGCUCCUGCUAAGCCUAAGUCUCAAGCACCUCCCCCAGCUGCAUCCACUCGUGGACGAAAGGGUAAAGCUAAAAAGAUCAAGGAUAAAUAUGCCGACCAAGACGAAGAGGAAAGACAACUUCGUAUGGAACUCUUGGGUUCCAACAAGGGCCCUCAACCCAAGGGCAAGAAAGCUAAACGUCAAGCUAAGGCCAAAGAAGAAAAGGCUGCAUUAGAAAAAGAAAGAGUUGAGAAAAAGGCUGCUGUUGAAGAACAAGCUCUUCAAGAUGAAAAAGACACAGAAACAAUUCGUCAAAUGCUCAAGGAAGAAAACAUUACUAUGUUAGAAGCAGAUGAAGUAGCCAACUUGUCUAUUCUUGACUCUUUGACACCUAAUCCUUUGCCUGAAGACAUCAUUCAUUUUGCUAUUCCUGUCUGCGCUCCUUACACUGCUAUCCAAAAGUACAAGUAUAAGGUCAAGUUGACUCCAGGUACAUUGAAGCGUGGUAAGGCUAUCAAACAA